AACGUGACACAGGAGCUCGGCUCACUGGGCUUUCGAGUCGAAAGGGAAGCCGCCGCCGCCACCGCCGCCACCACCACCACCGCCACCGCCACCGCUACCAGCGCCUCCCUUUUAGCCACCGAGCCCCUUCUCCCGGCCCCCCCCUAAAAAGUCACCCCCCCCUCCCGCCUCGCUGCGUCCCCUCCCCUUUCCUUUCCCUCCGGCCUCCCCGCCCUCUCCCCCGCCCCUCUUCGUCUUCGGACAACUUUAGGGGUGGGGUGGAAAAGAAAGUUUAGCGCUCUCUACCCCCUUCCCCCCACCUCUCGGCCUAGGAUUGUCGCCUUCUCCCGUUCGGCUUGGCGAUCCGGGGGACCCCCUCCAGCCCCCCCCAAACCGCCACCAUGAAUAAACUCUACAUCGGCAAUUUAAACGAGAGCGUCACCCCAGCGGACUUGGAGAAAGUGUUCGCGGAGCAUAAAAUCUCCUAUAGCGGCCAGUUCUUGGUUAAAUCCGGCUACGCCUUCGUGGACUGCCCGGACGAACACUGGGCGAUGAAAGCCAUCGAAACUUUCUCGGGGAAAGUGGAACUGCAGGGAAAAAGACUGGAAAUUGAACAUUCUGUCCCCAAAAAACAAAGGAGUCGUAAAAUUCAGAUCCGAAAUAUCCCACCCCAGCUUCGAUGGGAGGUGUUGGACAGCCUGCUGGCUCAGUAUGGCACAGUAGAGAGCUGUGAGCAAGUGAACACGGAGAGUGAGACUGCAGUGGUGAAUGUUACCUACUCCAACCGUGAACAGACCAGGCAAGCCAUCAUGAAAUUGAAUGGCCACCAGCUGGAGAACCAUUCAUUAAAGGUCUCCUACAUCCCCGAUGAACAGAUGGCUCAAGGUCCUGAGAAUGGUCGCCGGGGUGGCUUUAAUUCCCGAGGUCAACCCCGCCAGGGCUCACCUGUGGUGGCAGGUGCGCCCUCCAAACAACAGCCAGUGGACAUUCCCUUGAGACUGCUUGUGCCCACACAGUAUGUAGGUGCCAUCAUUGGCAAGGAAGGAGCCACUAUCCGUAACAUCACUAAACAGACCCAGUCUAAAAUUGAUGUUCACCGAAAGGAGAAUGCUGGAGCAGCCGAGAAGGCAAUCAGUGUUCACUCAACCCCAGAAGGAUGCUCUUCUGCUUGCAAGAUGAUUCUGGAAAUCAUGCAGAAAGAAGCAAAAGAUACCAAGACAGCUGAUGAGGUCCCCCUGAAGAUCUUGGCCCACAAUAAUUUUGUAGGACGUCUAAUUGGCAAAGAAGGACGAAACCUGAAAAAAGUGGAACAGGAUACAGAGACCAAAAUCACCAUUUCUUCGUUGCAAGACUUGACCCUUUACAACCCUGAAAGGACCAUCACAGUUAAAGGCUCUAUUGAGAACUGCUGUAAAGCUGAGCAGGAGAUUAUGAAAAAAGUUCGUGAGGCCUAUGAGAAUGAUGUAGCGGCCAUGAGCCUCCAGUCUCAUUUGAUCCCUGGACUCAACUUGGCUGCUGUGGGCCUCUUCCCAGCCUCCUCCAGUGCUGUUCCCCCACCUCCAAGCAGUGUCUCAGGGGCUGCCCCCUAUAGCUCCUUCAUGGCUCCAGAGCAGGAGAUGGUCCAGGUAUUCAUCCCUGCCCAGGCAGUGGGUGCCAUUAUCGGCAAGAAGGGGCAGCAUAUUAAGCAGCUUUCAAGGUUUGCCAGCGCUUCCAUCAAGAUUGCUCCCCCAGAGACCCCAGAUUCCAAAGUUCGGAUGGUUAUCAUCACUGGACCCCCAGAGGCUCAAUUUAAGGCUCAAGGAAGAAUCUAUGGAAAACUCAAAGAGGAGAAUUUCUUUGGUCCUAAGGAAGAGGUGAAACUGGAAACCCACAUCCGGGUGCCUGCAUCAGCAGCUGGCAGGGUCAUCGGCAAAGGUGGCAAAACUGUCAAUGAGUUGCAGAACUUGACUGCAGCUGAAGUGGUGGUACCCAGAGAUCAGACUCCUGAUGAGAAUGAGCAAGUCAUUGUCAAGAUCAUUGGACACUUCUAUGCUAGCCAGAUGGCGCAGCGUAAGAUCCGAGACAUUCUUGCUCAGGUUAAACAACAGCACCAGAAGGGACAGAACAACCAGACUCAGGCACGGAGGAAAUGAACUGCCUCCACCAACCCUAUUGGCCCAGGACAGAAAAAGUAGAAAUCUAAAGAGAGUUGCAAGCUUAAGAAUGAAUGGGAAUCAGGGAUGCUCAAUCAAGAUAUUGAAUCAGAUCAUCUCACUCUUUAAAACAAAUAUUUCAAAAGGAAAACUUGAUUAUUAUAAAAGACCAAACCAUUUGGCUCAACAAUAUUGGCUGCCUUCCCCUUGGGCAUUCCUAUCUAAAUUUUAACUCGGUGUCAAUUGCUUUUAAAUGUGGAUGAUUCAAGCCCUAGUUCUCCUAGACCAGGAAAAGAAAUAUGAAUUUUGUCAGGGUUUAUUCUCCCCACCCUCAUUCCCACAUUGAAGGAGACCUCUCAGAAAGACUGGGUUUUGUCUUUGAAAACAACACCCCUGAACUUCCUCCUCAUUUGAUGAAAAUAUUCCUGCCCUCAUACCUCAAUGGACUAUAUGCACUCUGUUGGUGCAUGCUGACCACAGCCCAGGGUAUUUCAAUAUUGCCCGAAAGGGAGAAGCCAUUGAUUUGGGCAAUAGAGUAAAAUAACCAUUCUUAUCUUUUUAAACCUAAUAGAAUGGGAUAAAAAGGAAAAAGUUUGAAUUACAGUGAUCCACAUUUAAAAGAGUUCCUGGGAUGACUCUAGGGAGAAAUUGACACAAUUUCCCAAACCCUUAUUAGGGUUUUUCCUCACGAAGCUCCCCACCUAGCACACAGACCUAUACAUGUGGCACUGUGUUUGUGGGAGGGGGCUAGCUGCCAUCCCUGAUUCCCAUCACUCUCAGGCUGAUUUUAUAUUUUUAAAAGUCUGUUUUAACAAUUGGAUGUGAGAACCGAGAAGAGGGGACAAGGAGUUCCCCUUGGCAAAGCCUCAGCUCCAUUGAGGGCCUGGGUAAUCCCAUGGUGCUUCCUACCCCUGGCCCUCGUGGCUGGGAUGAGAUGAUAGCAAGCCCCGGGGAGCACUGAUUGGUCUUGGGAAAGCUCAUGGAAAAUGAAGAGAGGAGCAGUCCCUCUUCUUCCCUCUCUGAGGAUGGGACUUUGACCUUUAUUUACCCUGAGCUCCAUAGAAAUGUUAAGUCCAUUACCUGGCGAGUAUUCCUCAACAAUCGGCCCAUCAGAAGGGAUGGUGCUUUUCCCAUUUUUCUCUUGGUGGCUUAUUUGUGUAGCUGUGAGCUUAUGCCCUCCCUAGCUGCUGUUGGCCCAAAGAAAAGAUGUUUUAAAAAAAAAUUCAAAAAUUUCCCGCCCUUGGGAACCAAAGGGUUACGCAAAGGCGAACCCACUUUCCCAGGCUGACCUGGAACCUUGGGUUUGGCAACAUUGACAAGGCCAAAGGAAGAGGCAGCGGCUGACAGUUUCACUUAGACCCAUCGGUACAUGGUGGAGGGAAUCACCAGCUUAGGUACCACCUAAUUAGCUGAUUGUUGCUGGACACCAAUCUGGGUGAUGAACUUGCUGACACCCUGGAAAAUGCUGUCGCGUGUGUUGGGAAGAGAGGAAGGUCUGUAUGUGUGUGUAUGUGUGUGUGUGGACAAGCCACAUGCAUAAAGUUACCUUCCUUUCUCACCUUGCAACAAAACCCAAGAUGUGGGCGGAGUCAGGUGAUGCUGUGUGUGAUAGUAAAACUACCUCAAGGUAUGAAGUUACCUCAGCAAUUGUCCCCAACCCCCCCUUUUUCUUUUCUUUUUUUGUUCCCCCUUUCCUUUUUUUUUUCUUUUUUUGGCUUGCUGAUAUUUUAUAUAAGAGAGAAAAAAACAAAAAGCAAAAGAAGCUGAUAGUCUUGAAUAUUUUAUUUUUUUAAUGAAAAAAAAAAAGAAGAAAGUUAUGUUUCAUAAAUUUCUUAUACAUGAGCCAGUCACCAGAUAGGAACUCAGUAUGGAGAACAGGCCUAGUGGGAGAAAGACUGCUGGUUGCCCUGGAGAAACUUCUGGGGCAGAGCUAAGGAAAAUACUGAAAGUGGUGGGAGCUAAGCUGCUCCACUUGUAUUCUUGACUUUCAGAGUCCAACGUUGUUUGCCCCAGUUGGAGAAGCCUUACCUAUCUGGCUCUUUGCCUAGACUCUGGGGAGUAAAAGGUAGUGAGUGCUAUGGAAGGGCCUGGAAUAGCCCUCAUCAAGAUGUCUCCCACACCCUUCAUUUUCCUUGGUCUAAGAUCUUUCCAGCUGGUUUUCCCCCACUUGUGGCACUGUUGAGAUAUUUUGCAAAUAUUGCCUCUGUUUUAUUGAGGAGAAAAAUCAAAACCAGAACAAACCAAUCCUCUAAAAAUUCCCCCAGUCUAUCUGUGUCUAAAAUUUGGGAGCCAAGACUUUAUGCACAGAAGAAAAACAAAACAUAGGGUUGACCCAUCUGCCCCAAAGAGGCCUACCUGGUUUUUCAUUAUAGUUGCAUUGUCUGUUCUUUUGGACUCAAUUCCAUCUCUGCUGCUCCUCUCACUCUCGACCUGUAGGGACAAACAGAUACCAUUGCUUGUUCCCAAAGUCCCUCACCUCCUUUUCAUUAGAACGGUCAGAUUUUAAACACGAAACCUGGCUUGGAGCAUUUUUGGUCUUUAGGUAGGUGAUAGUGGGUUUAAAGGGGCAGUUCACACCAGCUUUUGAGAUGCAGUCAUUACUGAGGGACAGUUUUUCCGUUAGCUUUCAAAAGUUUGGUCUUUAUCCUCACCUCAUCGGGCCCCUUUCUAAGCUCCCACAUCCAUCUCUUCCUAAGAGAUGAAGGAAACAGCAUUUUGAGACAAAAUGAGGCCAGUGUAAUUUAGCUCCCCACCUAUCCUUAUAGCAAAAAGCAUCUCCCAGUUUCUUUCAACCUCUGGCUCUACAUACUUCAUCCUAAUUGAAGCAGAAAACCGUUUAUUCAGACAUCGGCAGUUGAUGAUUUAAAGCCAAUUUCCAGCAGCAAGCAUGUUUUGAUACCUGGUUCAGACUGUUUUAUCAGAGAAAAAAAUACCCCACAGUAUAUCUGACAUCUUAUUGUUGCAGCGUCCAUUUUCCUUGGGAUCCUGUUCCCCUCACCUCCCCACCUCCCUCUUCCUUUUUGCCAAUCUUGGUGUACUGGGGAGGAGCAGAAUGGGGACUUUGACUGUAAUACACUACUCACUUGGACUGAGUGAGAUCUACAUUCAUAGAUAGCCUUAGUUUGCCUAGCAGGGAAAUGGGGGUGGGGGUGGGGGUGAGACUCCCGGGGAAUAUGGACUUUUGGUUAUAGCAGAAGGUUUGCAAAGGGAUCAGAGGCUCUGCCUUGAUGUAGGGUCUUGUUUUCCCAUUGGCUAAUUGUAAUUAGGGCUAUUCUUUCGCCCACUCCCCAUGGUGCCUUCACUUCCUGGUUGGUGAAGAGAGAAAACUAGCUGGCUAAAAGCACUUGGGAGACUUGGAUGAAAUGACUUGAUAAGGCGACUUUUUAAAAAGCCACUUCUGUGCGGCGAUAGAUACAUAUGUGUUCUAUAUAUUUUUAAGAAAGGACCAUCUCUUCUCUUAGGAUAUUGUUUUUAAUUCUUUGAAUCCCAUUGAAAAACAGAAUGGUUUGAUCCGCUGACUUACUUUGAAGCUGCAUCUGCCAAUCCCAUCCUUUCCCAUCUCUCACAAAUCCUAGCCAUAGCUAAGGGCUUCAACCCCAAAGGUCUAAGGCUGGGUACUUUUUGGCUUGUGUACUCACUCAACCCCUGUGAGGUGCUUAGGAACAGAUAGCUCAUUCUACCACCCCACAACUUCCUUGUCACCAUUAAAAAAAAAAAUAAAUCUUACUCCUUCCCCUUCCCUGAACUUUCCUCAUAUCAGGGAGAUAGGAGAUUUUUUUUUUUAAUGCUCUACUACCAGCAGAACAUUCUGUGUUGCCAUUUUCCUCUGUGCCACAGACUGACAUAAAAGAGUGACCAUUUCUGGAAGAAAGCAGUAGCUAUUCUCUGGGCCUGUCUUCAAAUCCCUUGGUAUGACUGGUGGAGAAGGGAUCUAGAAGAAGUUGGGCUGGAGAAUAUAGAGUGCUUGAAAGAUGAGACAAAAUUUUAUCCUAGCCUCUCUUGUGUGUGUGAGAUCUAGAAAUGGUUUUUGCCAAGAGUAGAGAGUUCCAAAAGGGACCUGCCUUAAUAUGGUUCCCUUUAUGGCCAUUUUGACUCCUGAUUGCACUUUUGGGAAUGGCAGGGAGUUUAGGGCUCUGAAGAUUUGGGUGCUCCUGUCUAACAUUCCUUUGCUUUUUACCUUACUAUUCACUGCAAAGGAAAGUAGAGGCAGUGGUUAGUUAAGGGAAGAAGCCAAGUCUUGUGAGGCAAAACACAAGUUGAGCACCUGAUAUCUGGUCCCAUUCCCUUCUCUCCCAUGAACUUCUUUUUUAUUCUUCCCUAAUCUUUCCCAUCCAACAUACUCCUCUGCCAAAUGGGGGAACAGAUAUGCUACUUAACUACCUCACAGAGCUGAUGGAAGAGUUGGUGGGGAGGAUGUGAGAGAACAGCCCAGAGCUCUUGCCCUGAUGUCUUUAGGGAAUAGCAACAGUAUCUCCCACUUCUACCUCUUUCCACUCCGGUGGAGGCAGAAGGACUCCUCACUUUCUCCCCCUCCACCUACUAUGUUUUUCUGAGCUCCUUGUCAUCCCCAAUUCCUCCCCCCCCCCCCCCCCAACUUGCUCAGAUCACUCUGGGGUAAAUAUUCAAAUGGAUAACCAUUUGGUGUUUUCCUAAGUAAGAACUCAGGGGACAGGAAAUCUUUUAUUCAACUAGGCACCAGUAAAUAAUAAAAAAAUGGUAGAACAAAUCCCUCUGAUACUAGGGGACAGACACAAGCCAUUUCCCUCCCAGAUACAUCCAUCCUUUAGAUGCAGAAUAAUUAUCCUGAACACAGACUAGGAGUGACACCAAUUGAAGACUUCAGUUUCUUUCCUUCAGAUACAUAAGGCUUCUCAUUUGGGUGCCCAGGAACAGGAAGGAGGCCUCAAGACUGAAGAUGGAUUUGGAAGGGUGAGGGGAAUUUUGGAAGGGAUGAUGGCAAGAGACCAGAUCCUUAUUCCAUGCUUCCCCUCCCCUCCUCUGGCUCUUAUUUAGCACCAUCCCUGGGGCAAGAUUUAUUGGCAGCACUCUAGUCUAGGGCUGCCAUGGGAAUGUUGUUCCCAGAUGGAAGAGACAAAGAAAAGAAAAAAGAAUGUUUUUCUUAAAGGAAUAAGCAGGAAGCUCCUCAUGAGCAUGUAACCACAGGUGAGACUAGGAGUAAAAAUGGACUAACUACCUCAAUCCUUACCAUACAAUACGAUUGGAAGGAAGAGCAGGGACUACGGAUGAACGGGUGAAAGGAUCCACCCUCCCAGCAGAAUGCCAACUGAGGCUCUAGCCCCAUUUGGUAACUUUGUAGGGUGGGAGUGGGGACUGGCAGGGCCACUAGGAGCCCCUACUCACACCCGAUAAAUCUGGAGGCUGGACUAAGGGCACCACUACCACCACUACCACCACCACCACCACCACUACUACCACUACUACUACCACCACCACCACAACCACAACCACCAGCACCACCACCCUUGCUCUGGAGCCCCACUUUGUUCUUACUUCCACUUCUUCAACUUGGCUCCCAUCUUGUUUUAAGAGAUGGGCUGGCAGAAGGAGGAGGAGCUUUCGUGGGGCUGAGAUUGGGGCUUGACCUCUCACCUACCAUUCACUCAGCCCAAAAGGUGGAAAGAGGGGAGAGAGAUUUCCUCCCUGCCCUCAAAAAACAAAAACAAAAACCUUUCUUUGGGGAAUCGUUUUUUGCUAUGUGGGGAGAGGAGCUGGUGCAGGAAUCCCCACCUGGGAGCUGAAGGGAACCCCUCCCCCCCAUCAGGCUCUCUGUCUUGAGGGAGCUCCCUUUGGACAAACCCCCCCUUCCCCCACACCCUCCAGUGGCCCUCCUAGAAAACCCAUUUUGAUUUUUUUAAAAAAAUCUACCUCUUAGCAAAACAAUAGAAAGAAUUAGAUAGUGGCAAUUCCACAGACUGUAGGUUGGGUGGGGGGAGGGAGGGGGGAAAGAUUUCUUUUUUCCAAAGAGAAAAAAUAUUACCUUAAAAAUACUUUCCAAAAAUAUAAAAACCAAAAAAAAAAAAUAAAAGAGACAUUUUUCCAAUAUCCAAUAGACUGUCUACAUUCCCCUGGUGAUUUUUUUCCUCUCCCUUAAAUACAUUUCAAUCUUUUGCAACUUUCUCCCUAUUCCCACUCUGAAGAUCCUUGAUUUCCUUCUGGGUACGUAUGCCCCAACUAUCUACAAUAGCCCCCACCCCUCUGCUGUUGGCGAGCCUCAGCUGGGCUCUUUUCACUUCCCUCUCCCCAACACACCUGGGAAUCAGGUCACCCCACAAAAGCCAUUGCUUUGGAGGGCUCCACGCCUUAGCCACCAUUGCGCCUGUAAGGGGGGGAGGAACUUUUUUUAAUGUAAUAUUUUUUUGUGUAGUAAAACUUUUCUUCACAACUUCAUGUAUAACAUUGUAAACUAACUCUUGACUGGUAACACCUCGACCAAUACCUGAAUCCUCCACUGGAUUCUUCCACUUCAUUUAUGGAAAAAAAAACAAGAACCACCCCAAUUCCUACAACCACCAUUGAUAGCAUUUUGACCUUGGUGAAAGAACCGAGGCCAAGGACCAUCCCUUCCCACCCCUGCUCUCUCCUCAUCAUCGGAGAAGACUGGUUAAGAAAGGGGUUGGGGGUGGAGUGGGGCUUGUGGUUUUGAAUGUGUCUCAAUUUAAGUGCUACCCUAUUUCUAUGUGAUUGUAUUGCCUUGGGAAGUUGUACUUGACUGUAAAUGACCUUUCUUUCUGAUUGUACCCUCCCUCUACCCUCUGCUUUACCCUCUCCUUUACUCUAUCCUUUGGGGAGGCGGGGCAGCUGGUUCAGACUUUUGGAGUUUGUUCUUUUGAUUUAUGUGGGCUCCAGUUUUCUUUCCAGUGAAGGUUGUUUUAGCCACAAACCGCCUUUACUCCACUGUUUCCAUUUUAAAAUAAAAAGAAACUUAUACUGACAAA